UCCUUUCACCUCACAGAGCUGGUCACUGUUCACAGUUCACAUCUUUUGUCUACAAUGGAUUCAUCAAGAGUCUGUGGCAGUUUGAAGACAUCUAGGACCCCAGAGUACAAGCCUGUAUCACUCUCAUUUCUUCCCUCAGAUGCCUGUCGGUGCCCACACUGGCACCAGUUGGCUCUGAAACUCAGCUGUGCUGGGCUGAUCCUUCUUUUCUUGAGCCUGAUUGGACUCAGCGUCUUAGUGCGAGUCUUAGUGCUAAAAUCACCAAUAGCAAAAUACAGUGUGGCUACUCAAGAGAACAGGACUGAACCAACAGGGGGAUCAGCCAUGCUAAAGUGCCCGAGAGACUGGCAUUCAUACCGAGAGAAAUGCUUAUUUACUUCUCAAACUUCUGGACCUUGGUCUGAAGGUCUAACUGAUUGCUCUGUGAAAGAAGCCACUUUGCUGAUCAUUGAAAAUGAAGAAGAAUUGAGAUUCAUUCAUGCUUUUUCAAAGAGAAAAGGACAUCAGUUUUUUAUUGGACUAAAUUAUGUGCCAGUGGAGAAAAUCUGGAAGUGGAUAAAUGGCUCUAUCUUAAAUCCUGAUCUAGUACAAAUCAUGGGCAGUAACGAAGAAAACAGCUGUGCAGUCAUCUCACAGACAGAAGUGUUUUCUGACUUCUGUUCUGCAGACAACCGCUGGAUCUGCCAAAAGAAGCUGAAACAUGACUCAAACCCUGUGUCCUGACUCCUGACUGCAAAACUCAUCUCCAUUGCUUUACCUUCCACCCCAGAUCUCUGCACUGAACCGUCAAGCCCUCCCAGCACAGUUAGUGGCACAAAGCAUGGUUCAUAAAACCUCUGUGACUCACAGACGCUCACUUCCAAUGUCUUUAUUCUGUAAAUGUAAAUGUACACAGACACAGAUGCCAUCCUAAGAGAGGUGCUCUAUAGGAGGAAGCCCAGGCCAGCAGGGGGCACUGGAGGCCUUGUGUGACUUUUGUUGAUCUCCGUCCCUGAGGUCAUAGUAGACAACUGCAAAAAACUGUUUGCAAAGUCCUCAUCUCUGCCCUCAACUCCAAGCUAUCUCAUAUCUGGGCUGUAGAACCUUGAUUAAAGUCUUUGCUCCUGACUGACACCAGAGGCCCAGAGUUGGCAGGGGAAGAGUUUGUUUUUAUUGACACCUCCAAAAUUCACAAUUGACUAAUGCUGUGAUAAUGAGAGUGACUGCAGGUAAAUGAGCUCAGUCCAUAUGAUGCCUCCCACCCUGUAGUGAUGUACCAGCAGAACCUGGGCUUGUCAGUCUACAGAGCUGUGAGACAGGAGGGUCUCUCCUCCUCCAAUUUCCUGUUAUGGCAAAAACAACAACAAACUGAAUUAAUAUAAUGAUUGUCUUUUUCCACUGUUCCAAAGACCUUCCAAUUUUUUUUUCUCAUCACUUCUUCUACACCUCUCUAUAGCUUACUGCUCAAGAACAAAUUGUAGGAAGUAUGCAGCUGAUAUCUUGGUUAUUUUAAUAUAAAAUAAGUAACAUCUUUUCAAUCUUCAUUUAGAGAAAUUAACAUAAAAUUUAUUCUGAUAAAUAUCCUUCCUUCCUUCCUUCCUUUCUUUCUCUAUUCCUCCCUCCCUCCCUCCCUCCCUUUUGUUCCUUUCUUUUUUUUUGUUUCUGGUGUUUGGAGACAAAGUUUGUCUGGGUAACCUAACAGCUCUGUCUGUCCUGGAACUUGAUUUAGACCAGGCUGGUCUUGAACUCACAGAGAUUCACCUGCCUCUGCCUCCUGAGUGCUGGGAUUAAAGCAUGUGCCUCUUCUGUCCAGCUCUGAUGUCUACUUUUAUAUAAAAAAAAGCACUGACAUAUUUUCCAGUGUAAUAAAAGAAUAAGAUUGAGUUUAUUUUAUAAGGAGGCAUAAGAAAAUUUCUGUUAAACAGGCAUCUAAUCACUCAAUGUCAACUUUAAUUACUGUAAUUGAAGCAUAUAGUAUGACCCAAAUAAAAUGUAAUUUAAAAAUAA